AUUGCCUUCCUUAUAAUAUUAACAUUUACAUGAGAGAACUUCUUUGAGAAGGUUAUGUUUUUCUUUGUCAAGUCAACAAGCCAAGUUAACAAACAGCACAGAAAGUAUGAUCUUUUCUUAACUAUCUCAGACAAUUUGUUACUCUGAUGAUAUAAAAAAAAACUUACAGUGACCUCCUUCUUAACUCCUUACAUUUUUUAAUCAAGGAAACUUUCAUCAUGUUUAGGCCUUUCUCAAAAAUUUUACCAAGAUUAGAAAAUAAUGAUUUUUUUAGACACCUACUGUUUUUAGGCACUAUAUAGAUGCUGGGGAUAUAAAUACAAAAUGGUCUCUGCCCUUAAGGAGCUUACAUUUUACUGGAAUUUCUCCUUUAUUAUUUUGGUCAGAUAAUUUGCAGAGAAACUGCAAUUAUCAUGAGAGUGGCCUAUUUACUCAUGUUCUGAACCAGGAAACAUAAUUUUUGUAUCUAAUGCAAGUGAUUUAGAACACACUAUCAAACAAGCCUGAAAGGCUGCAUGGCAGGGGUAUAGGAGAGAAAGGCAGAAACCAAAGGGUAAGGCAGCUGUCCAAGGAGAGAUUACUUAGUGAGCAGUUGCUCAGGAUUGAUGAAAAGCACCUGAUACUUUCAGUUUUAAUUAAGUCUUCUUAGUAACCAGGUUCUAAGUUAAAUUGUUUGUAAACUACUGAAGAGCUUGCAAAUACUUGCUAGCACCUUCUAAAUUUCACCACCCAGAGACAAAACCCUAGUCAUCCCAAACCAGUAAGAAUACUACAAAGUGAAAUGACCCCAACAUCCAUGAAAUGCUGUUGAUUGUUGACUUUGGGAACAUGAGGAAAUUAACACUCUCAACUUUGUUUGCCUAAAAAGAAUUUAUAUCUCCCAGUUCCAUUUAUAUUGAGAACAUAGCUGUGAUUCAGUUCCUCCUGUAGUCCAACUAAUUGGUCACUGGACAGAUUUUACAUUUUUAGAAUAUCAGUAGUUAAUAAAGCAUUUUCAUUUAAGAACUUUUUGAUUCUUAGCAACCUUUCCCCUUUCCUCCAGGUCAACCCCAUCCCUACAGAAUUGGAAGGAGAGAUUAUGAUGGACAGAGGGUCUUGCUGGCUAAAAAAAAUGGGCAUUUAUUGGCCAAAUUUCUGAUGAGUUGCUCCAUACUGGAUAGAUCAUUGGACAGCAAACACAGUCUAUUGCGAAAACCAUAUUCGAAGCCUUUCCAGCUUUAGAUAGUAAAGAAUGAUGCCACUUACAUUUUGUUAUGGAGAAGUACAUAGAGUGUUUCUAUGUGUGGGUGGAGAGAAUGCUAGACCCUUUUUAAUACUGAACUAAUCAAGAAAACAUAUGGCUCUUAAUAAACCAGUGAUAAUAUCACGUGCCAUUUGUGAAAAUAGUUGGUAUUUUUGCAAAUCUUUCCACAGGUUGCAUUUGAAUUUGAAUUUGACAUAUGAAUGCUAUAUAAAUAUUACAUAUUCUUUCUAUAAGUUGAUUCUCCAUCUCUGAAUGCCAAGUCAGCUAGUUAUUAUCAGUGGUUAGGUUUUUUAAAAAUCAGUAUGAUGCAGAGUCAAGGUCUACCUUCAUGAUAAUUUCUGAAACUGUCCUUGUGCUUUUUGAAAGGGAAGAAUAGAAAAAAAGAUGGAUAUAUUUGAUAAUUUGAAAAAUAGAACUGAAAAGACUGAAAGCAAAGUAACAGAAGCAGAAUAACUGAAAAAAGAGAAGUAACAGAAAGUCAGGAAUAAAUGAAGGACUGAGAAUCCCUUUUCAGAAGAGUAAGAUUAUCAGAGUGGAUGGCAGGAUCCUGGAGUCUGAGCCCUUUGACUCUUCUCAGGUCCCACUUCCUUUAAUACAAGCUUCCCCACAAAUCACUUGUAAGUCUUCUAGAUUCUGAACCUUAUGGAUACUUCUGGAAGUGAGAAUUUAAUCACUUUCAAGGUUGAGACUACUGUCUGGGUGCCUGAAACACCCAGACAUUUCUCUCAAAAUCUGACUUGCCCUAAGGAAAACCAAAAUACACUGCAUGGAUCAGCUGCCAAUUGGGUUGCAUGGCGACCAGAGGAACAGUGCAAGUCUAUUUUCCUGUUCGUUUUCCUGGCAGUUUAUCCAGUAUCACACGCACCUAAGUAGCACACCUAUCUAUGGAGUAGACACCUCUUUUACUUUGUGUUUCUCUCUUCCCUCAUUCCUACAACAUAGAAACAGGCUGGCUGUAUCAAAUGCUCAAUAAAUUUUGCUGAUUGAAGGACAAAACAUCUCUCUCCUCCCUCCUCCUCACCCCCUCCCCCAACCUAGGAGAUACAGGUUGUAGUUGGUGAAGAGUAUUGUGCUUCUCUGCUAAGUGAAGGAGACUUGUGCAUGUUCUUCCCUGAAGCUUUUUUUUUUUUUCAAUUUCCUUAUCCUCUGCUCCCUAGCUAGGGCUUCGACCCCAGUGGGAGUGCGGCAUUCGCUUGCCUUGUUUCUGUCUGGAGCCUAGAGACGGCGGGUCCUUUUUCUGCCCCCCUUUACCCCUUCCCACUUCAGCGGUACGCAAAACCUCGGUUCCUGGGCUACUUAGAACCCGGGGGGCAUUGACGUCAAGCGUUGGAGAAGCGCUGCCGACAGAAAGGUGACCCAGCCCCUUCGCCCCAGCUCCCCCCUUCUUCUUCCUGUCUCCCUCCCCCACAAUCGAGACUGAGGUUUUGUAUAAAAUCCGGGGGUCCAUAAGGUGUUCAGCACUUCAGAACCAUGGAGAGCUCCCGCUUGCGGCAGCUACCUCUGCUGGGCGCAACCUUGCUGCUGCUCCUGCUGGGGGCCUGCAGCCAGGAGGAUUCCGGGCUGCAGCCAAGAGCCUUGGAUAUCUACUCCACCGUGGAGGAUACUUCCCAUGAGAAGGAACUGAUAGGAGCACUGCAGGAAGUCCUGAAGAAGCUGAAAAGUAAACGCAUCCGGAUCUACGAGAAAAAGUACGGCCAGGUACCCAAGUGUGAUGCUGGAGAGCAAUGUGCAAUAAGAAAAGGAGCCAGGAUUGGGAAACUCUGUGACUGUCCUCGAGGAACUUCCUGUAAUUCCUUUCUCCUGAAGUGCUUAUAAAGAAGCUUCCCAGUCAUUCGUUCCCACUGCUUUUCCACAAAAAGACCACACACCCAUCUCUUGGUAUUGACUGUAGAAUCAUACUAAGCUUGCAGUUUCACCUGAAGAAGAUGCAUUUUUUUCCUUGCAGUUUACAGUUAUGAGAAUAUAGUAAGAGUUACUGUGUUGAAAGAUAAACCAUGUACUGUGUUGAAAUAUCUGUAUUUUCUCUCCACUUCAUUUUAUUGAUGUGUCCACCUCUUGUGAACCUGGGUAUAAAAAAGCUCAACUUAUCUUUUCAAAUUGUAUUUUUGUAUGUGGAGUGUCCUAGAAAAAUUAGACUAGACAACUUCAGUAGAUAAUAUCACAAUCUGGAAAAAAUCACCCUACAAAAAACUAAUUCAGCAUGUACAAAUUAUGCAUAAUAAAAUGUUUUUAAUAAUUG